GAACCGAGACCGGGCGCCCGGGGCCUCCCAAGAUGGCCUCGGUGGCCGCCCGCGCUCGCCACCGCGAACCCGUGAUUGCGGACCUCGCGGUUGUGCGCGCCGCUCAAGCCCGGGCUUGCCGGAUCGCCGCCGGGCGUCGGUAGAGACGACCGGCGGGGCGGCGGAGGAGGGCCCCUUCCCCGGCCCCGAGGCGGGCUGCGCGUGGGGCCGUCCGCUCUUGGGCCGGGAGCAACAGGAGCUGCUUGGGCAGAACUGCGCGGCUCCUGUUGAGCGAACAGCCCUGCACCAUUCCACCGCUUGCAGUUCUGUGGUGUUCUCGGUCACACAUUUAUGGAGUUUCUGAAGGGCAGUGGAGAUUACUGCCAGGCACAGCACGACCUCUAUGCAGACAAGUGAACUGUAGACAUUCAUUACUACUCCACCAAGAAGCCCCCAUAAGAGUGGAUAACCUGGACACAGGCGUGUUGAAUUGAAAUCUGCAGAGCAUUUGACAAGAGCUCAGACCUGGAUGGGGUAAACCUCAGUGCACUUCCUUUGUAUUGCCUCAGUAUUACUGGAUUGAAGAGUCACUGCUUCUUGUUUGGAGGUUCAUUUCAUUCCCGGUUCUCCCAAUUCAUACUCAAAGCACUGAGAAUUUCAAGUGGAGUAUAUUGAAUAUUGAAGUAGACUUCAGGUUGUUUUUUGGUUUUGUUUUGUUUUUUUGUUUUGAAUCAUUUCUGUAUUCAAUUUUUUAAUUCUUUCAUAACCCUAUUGGGUUUUUUUUUAAACUAAAUUAACAUGGCUCGAAUGAACCGCCCUGCUCCUGUGGAAGUCACAUACAAGAACAUGAGAUUUCUUAUUACACACAAUCCAACCAAUGCGACCUUAAACAAAUUUAUAGAGGAACUUAAGAAGUAUGGCGUUACCACAAUAGUAAGAGUAUGUGAAGCAACUUAUGACACUACUCUUGUGGAGAAAGAAGGCAUUCAUGUUCUUGACUGGCCUUUUGAUGAUGGUGCACCACCAUCCAACCAGAUUGUUGAUGACUGGUUAAGUCUUGUGAAGAUUAAGUUUCGUGAAGAACCUGGUUGCUGUAUUGCUGUCCAUUGUGUCGCAGGCCUUGGCAGAGCUCCGGUGCUUGUUGCCCUAGCAUUAAUUGAAGGUGGAAUGAAAUACGAAGAUGCAGUUCAAUUCAUAAGACAAAAGCGGCGUGGAGCUUUUAACAGCAAGCAACUUUUGUAUCUGGAGAAGUACCGCCCAAAAAUGCGGCUCCGCUUCAAGGAUUCCAAUGGUCAUAGAAACAACUGUUGUAUUCAAUAAAACUGGGGUGCCUGA